AUGGCCUCCCACUGUGUAUCCUGGGCGUUGGGCAAAGGAGGCAAUGCAUUCUCUGCUCUCCUUCGACUGACUCGUUCCUUCGUUGGCAACCCAGGGCAUUCGCGGUGUGUGCCCAAUUCCCAAUCCGUCCUGCGUGGCAUUGGCCAGGCCCGGAGAGCGGUGAGGGCGGCACGUGCAUUCUGCCGCCGCAACGCAACGGGCGGUGAGCAGCGGGCGCGAGGGAAAGAUCCAGGAGGAGCCAGAAGACCGUCCCGGAUCACCGUUAAUCGCACAGAUCCCCUUGGCACGAUGAGCGUUAUCGGUAUCGACCUGGGUGCUCAGAGCACCAAAAUCGGUGUAGCCCGGAAUAAGGGUAUCGAUAUCAUUACAAACGAGGUCUCCAACCGAUCUACUCCAACCCUCGUUGGAUUCGGUCCCAAGAACAGAUACCUCGGCGAGGCCGCCAAGACGCAAGAGAUCUCCAACCUCAAAAACACCGUCAGUGGCCUCAAGCGCCUCAUUGGCCGUACUCUUUCAGACCCCGAUGUGCAGAUCGAGAAGGAAUUCAACACCGCCACGUUCUGUGAUGUGAACGGCCAGGUCGGUGUCGAUGUGUCCUACCUGGGCAAAAGGGAGCAAUUCUCGGCGACCCAGCUGGUCGCCAUGUACUUGAACAAGAUCAAGCAGAUCGCCGAGCGGGAAACGAAGCUGCCCACCUCCGACGUCGUCAUCAGCGUUCCUGCCUGGUUCACCGACGUCCAGCGGAGAGCCCUCCUGGAUGCCUCCGACAUUGCCGGUCUGAAGACCCUCCGUCUGAUCAAUGAUACCACUGCCAUUGCCCUCGGCUACGGUAUCACCAAGCUGGAUCUCCCCAGCGCCGAGGAGAAGCCCCGGAGAGUGGUGUUUGUGGACAUUGGACACAGCAACUACACGGCCUCCGUGGUGGAAUUCCGCAAAGGGGAACUCAACGUCAAGGCGACGACCUAUGACCGCCAUUUCGGUGGCCGUAACUUCGACAAGGCGCUCGUCGACCAUCUCGCCGAUGAGUUCAAGGAGAAAUUCAAGAUCGACAUCCGUACCAGCCCCAAGGCCUGGGCGCGUACGCUCGCCGCGGCGGAACGGUUGAAGAAGGUUCUCUCGGCGAACCCGGCCGCUCCCAUGAACAUUGAGUCGCUCAUGGAGGACACGGACGUGCACGCCUUUGUGAAGCGGGAGGAGUUGGAAGAGAUGGUCCGGCCUCUUCUGAACCGCCUGACCGUGCCCCUCGAGCAGGCCCUCGCCGAAGCGAAGCUCAAGCCCGAGGAUAUCGACAGCAUUGAAAUGGUGGGUGGCUGCACGCGUGUGCCCAUCAUCAAGGAGACCAUCAGCAAGUUCUUCGGAAAGCCGCUCUCCUUCACUCUGAACCAGGAUGAGGCUGUGGCCCGUGGUUGCACCUUCAGCUGUGCUAUCCUGUCCCCGGUCUUCCGCGUGCGCGACUUCUCGGUCCACGACAUCGUCAACUACCCGAUUGAAUUUACCUGGGAACAGUCGCCGGACAUCCCGGACGAAGACACCAGCCUGACCGUGUUCAACAAGGGCAAUGUUCUGCCCUCGACCAAGAUCCUGACCUUCUAUCGCAAGCAGCCGUUUGACUUGGAGGCUCGCUACGCCAAGCCCGAGAUGCUGCCCGGCAAGGUGAACCCCUGGAUCGGACGCUUCUCGAUCAAGGGUGUCAAGGCCGAUGCGAACAACGACUUUAUGAUCUGCAAGCUCAAGGCCCGACUCAACCUGCACGGCAUCCUCAAUGUGGAAUCCGGAUACUACGUUGAGGACGUGGAGGUGGAAGAGCCGGUUCCGGAAGAACCGCAGCAGCAGCAGCAACAGCAGCAACAGCAGCAACAGCAACAGCAGCAGCAGCAGCAGCAGCAGCAGCAGCAGCAGCAAGACCAGCAACAGCAACAGCAGCAAGACCAGCAACAGCAGCAGCAGCAAGACCAGCAACAGCAGCAGCAGCAGCAAGACCAGCAGCAACAGCAGCAAGAGGGUGAGAAGAAGGAUGGUGAUCUCUACCAGCCCAUGGAUACCGAUGCUCCCAACGGCACCGUGGAGCAGCCAAAGAAGACCCGCAAGGUCAAGAAACAGGUCCGCAAAGGUGAACUGCCUAUCUCUACGGGCACGACUUCUCUCGACCCGGCGACCAAGCAAGCCUGGACCGAGAGAGAAAACGCCAUGGCUUUUGAAGACAGACUGGUGGCGGAGACGGACGAGAAGAAGAACGAACUUGAGUCUCACAUCUACGAGCUGCGUGACAAGAUCGACACCACCUACGCCGAGUUUGCCAGUGAGGAGGAGAAGGAGAAGCUGCGCGCGAAGCUUACCGAGACCGAGGACUGGCUCUACGAGGAGGGUGAAGACACCACCAAGGCGGUCUACAUGGCCAAGUUGGAAGAGAUCCGUUCCAUCGCCGGACCGAUCAUCCAACGCUACCUGGACAAGCUCGAGGAGGAACGCCAGGCCGCCCUGAAGGCCAAGGAAGAGGAGGAGGCCAGAAAGCGGGCGGAAGAAGAGGCCAAGCGGAAGGCUGAGGAAGAAGCCAAGAAGGCCGAGGAGGAGCAGAAGAAGGCUGAAGAAGGUGGUGACACGGAGAUGAAGGAUGCGCCACCGGCGACCGAGGAAGACGAGGCGAAGAACGAGAACGGAGAGGCUGAGCAGCAGAAGGAGUGA